AGGUGCAUCAGUGAUUGAGAAGUAGCAGGUUGACAGAUUAUUACACCUGCUGAAGAAUAUCAUCUGUGGAUUAUUAUUAUUAUUAUUAUUAUUAUUAUUAUUAUUAUUAUUAUUAUUAUUAUUAUUAUUAUUAUUUUCGUGCUUGGGUGUUCUUAUCAGAAGAGCUGAUGGCAGUGUCAUACGAGUUCAGCCGCAUUCUCACUAACGUCAUGAGCACGGUGUACCAGACUGAGGAGAGCAACCCUGGAGGCAUUUCUCUCCCAGACAGCAGGGAGCUCCUGCAGCCACUGUCCCUGGAAUCACAGGACCCCAGCAGCUGGUGCAGCAUCAAACCGCAGUUCUGGAACAGGAACCACGUAUUGCAGUGGAUCAGCCACCACGUGGAGAAGUACGACUACGAUGCCAGCACCCUGGACAUGUCCUACUGCACCAUGGACGGGGCCACGCUGUGCCAGCUCUCCUGUGAAUCCCUGCGCACCAUGUUUGGGCCCCUGGGGGACCAGCUGUACCGCAGCCUCUGUGAGCAAAACUGCAAGAGCCUGGCGUACGACGACCUCGACACCGCCUUCGAAGACGUCAGCUACAUCAUCCGAGGGGACGAGGGGGACCUGAAUCUGCUGGACACCGUCCGGUUCGGCGCAGCCUGGGACAGUGACUUCAAUAUCAUCAUGGAUCCUUCCUGGAGUGAUACUGGCUAUGAGUCCGGCCCCACCUCUCCCGACAGCCUCAACAGCUCCAGCGGGUCCCAGAGAUUCCAGACCCCUUGCUCUCCAGACUCCGUUGGAAGUGAUUCGGACCUCGAUUCAUCCAAAUCAAAAUUCACCCCCACGACAGAUCUGUACAUGAAGAUCGAAGGCUGUGACCUGAAGCCCUGUAAGCGAGGGAGGGGGCGGCCCAGGAAGCUGAGCCGCAGCGUGGCGGACUGCAUCGAGAUCAAGAAGAGCAAACACACUCCUCGUGGGACUCACCUGUGGGAGUUCAUUCGAGAUAUCCUGAUCAGCCCGGAAAAGAACAACGGGCUGAUGAAGUGGGAGGACCGUACGGAGGGGGUUUUCAAGUUCCUCAAGUCUGAGGCAGUGGCACAGCUCUGGGGGCAGAAGAAGAGGAACAGCAGCAUGACGUACGAGAAGCUGAGCCGUGCCAUGAGGUACUAUUACAAGAGAGAGAUUCUGGAGCGAGUGGAUGGCCGGAGGCUGGUUUAUAAGUUUGGGAAGAACUCCAGUGGCUGGAAGCUGGGGGAAGUGAAUAGUGGAAAGUGAGUGGCCCGAGUGGCGGCACUGUGAGUUUGGAAGGUGCUUGCGAGGCUCCUGGACAGAGCUGGGUUAACGCCCGGAGUCCUGCAUGAGAUAAAGACGGUGCGUUGGAAGGACUCGGGACGACAGAGCUGCAUUUCUGCUCUAUUGUUUUAGACUCUCGCCAAAAGUGGCAAAAGUGUGUGCGCGCCUUUUUGGCGUCAGGAAAAAGUAAGCCAAUAUUUCGGCAAUAAGUAGGUUGUAUGAACCGCUAAAAUGUAAUUAUUAUUGUUGUUAUUAUUUUAUGUUUUAUUGUUAAAGUUAUUGACAAGGAUCCUGGGACGCUGACAAUCACCAACCAAUCAUUCAGACAGAUAAAGCAUUUGUUUUAAUUAUUUAUAUAUACUCUACAUACACCAUCGGUUUGAAAAACUGCGGCUUUAACUUUCAAAAUUAAUUGGUUGCCUUGUUACAUCACAGCUGACGCAUGGCACGUUAAUAAUAAUAGCAGUCCUUAAGGAGAACCAAGUGCAACGCCCUCAGCCGUGCCGUACAGCAGGGCAUCAGGGCAUCUACAUGGCACUGCCUUCAAUGUAGCUGAUUGCUUGUGUGAGCUCACCAUCUCAAACGGAUGCAAUGUUCCAGCCCCAGACUCCAUCAGGAUGUGAAUGUAAAGGCUUGCGCUUCUGUCACGGUGAACGAUAACGCCAGGUGCUCUGUGUGCUUUGCUACCCUGCGUUCUUCAGCAGCACAAUGAGCACAGUGAGGACGUGCAAGUCACAGCUCCAGAUAAGAGAUUACGUAGGGUGAUACUCACAGCCUCAGCAUAGCACUUGCAGGACUGCUGCUGCUCUGGGUGUCAAACAUUCGCUUCAGCAUUGAAACUGGAGCUCCACUCCCACUGCUGUGAGCGCUGAAGAGCCCCAUUGCAUGUUUCAGUGAUGUAUGGAAUUAUUGCAUAAAUUUCCAAAAGAUCUCUGCAGAGGCACAUGCAAGGAACUGCAGCAGCACUACAAUAGCACUGAUCAGACCCUUUGUGAUUUCAGUAGUUUCAUUGUGAAGGGAAUGCAUACACUUCAUUUAAAUUAUAUUUCUGUUUGUUUUGUAUGCUUAUAUGUAUCAAUGUAUACUGCACAGCCUUUGCUUUAUGAUAGAAUAUUAUUCAGCUGGACUGGUAAACUUUAAUAUUUC